ACAUGUGAGCGAUAAUAUGUACUGUAGCAUCUUCAAUCAUGUUUUCUAAUGAAUUUAAAUCCUUUAUACAUAAUGAGUAUCUUUCGCAAAUUGUUAAAAAUGCUGAAGAAGAGAGUUACAAAGUUGAAUUAGAUAGUCUUUUGGAUCAACUAUCAAGACCAUAUCUCCUAACUUCUCUAAGAGUGAACACUUUAAAAAUUUCAACUGAAGAGGCUGUAGUCUUAUUAGAAGAAAUUUUGAAAAAGCAAAAUGCCCAGAAAAGAACAAAUUUUGUUCCAUACCAACAUUCUAUACUUAAAGAUACUAUUUGUAUAAAUGGAGAAGGUCCCUUUGAUAGGCAAAGUUACGAAGAAGAAAUAAUUGUUGAUAUUCGAUGCGGGUCAUCGGUAAUGAAAGGUGCAGAUGUUUACGCUCAGGGAGUCCUCGGGUGCCAUCCAGGAAUUAAGAAAAACGAUCUAGUUUCAGUUUGGGCUGAUCUUGAAGGAAAAUGUCUUAAAGGUUUCCUUAAGAGUUAUCAAGGAAAGAAACUAUUCCUAGGGAAUGGCGUUAGUCAAUUUGAUAGAGACGACUUCUUCAGCGGGAGAGCUAUACAAGGGGUUGGUGUUAGUAUGACAGAGCCUAUAUACGCAUUACCAAGUUUGAAUAAUGUCCUCCCAGAUAUACUAUUUCCUCAAAAUAUUCCUUCAAUUAUUUGCUCUUACGCAUUAGAUCCUCAACAAGAUGAUCUUGUUCUGGAUAUGUGUGCAGCUCCUGGAGGCAAGACAACUCAUAUUGCAACUUUGAUGCGUCAAAAGGGUCAGGUGAUCGCAAUAGAUAAAAAUACACCAAAAGUGGAAAAAACCCGCAAGAACAUCAUCUCUUUGGGUUUAGACAAUAUAAAAGUUUACAAAUACGAUAGUUGCAAAUUAUGUAAAGAUCAAUGUGAAAAUGAUAUGCUUGAACCUCCUUUUGAGCCAGAAACCUUCGAUAAAAUCUUAUUGGAUGCCCCUUGUAGUGCGUUGGGUCAGAGACCUCUACUAAAUUGUGAUUCGAACGUUAAGUCUCUCAAGUCUCAUGCUAUUUAUCAACGUAAAUUAAUUCCAGUGGCUGAAAAACUGUUAAAAAAAGGAGGAAUACUUGUGUACAGCACUUGUACCAUUAUUGUAUCAGAAAAUGAAAAUCAAGUUGGAUGGAUUUUGGAAAAAUAUCCAAGUUUAAAAUUAAUUGAACAGCCAUUCUAUUUAGGCGAUAGAGAUGGCGUUGGUGUCCACUGCCUUGAAAAAUUUGAAAUGCCAAGAAUAGAGACGGAACUUAAAUUAGACUUUAAAGAUGUUCUUUUCAAGCCUAAACGCAGCAUGAUCAAGAGUAGAUCUGAUGUAGAUCUAACUAGAGAAUUUGUGUUCAAAAAUAGUAAUAGAAAAUAUGAAGGUAUACCAAUAAUGGCUGCAAAUAUGGACACGACGGGUACAUUUGAAAUGGCUAAAGUAUUGUCGAAGAAAAAGAUGUUCACCUGUAUUCACAAGCAUUAUACAGUUUCUGAAUGGAAAAAAUUUGCAGAUGAAAAUCCAGGAGCGUUAAGUUAUAUGGCUGUUUCAGUUGGUAUGGCAAGUGGAGAUAUGGAAAAACUUGGAGAAAUCCUUAAAGUCGCUGAUCUUCAAUACAUAUGCGUAGACGUUGCAAAUGGUUAUUCAGAGCAUUUCGCCAUUUUUGUCAAGAAUGUUCGAGAGAAAUAUCCUAACCACGUGAUAAUGGCUGGUAACGUUGUUACCCCGGAAAUGGUCGAACAAUUGAUAAUAUCUGGAGCAGAUAUAAUAAAAGUUGGAAUAGGCCCUGGCUCUGUAUGUACAACUAGAAAGAAGACAGGAGUAGGAUAUCCACAGCUAAGCGCGGUGUUAGAAUGUGCGGAUGCUGCUCAUGGCCUGGGAGGUCAUAUUAUAUCUGACGGCGGAUGCACUUGCCCAGGAGAUGUGUCGAAAGCUUUUGGAGCUGGUGCUGACUUUGUAAUGGUUGGAGGCAUGCUUGCAGGCCAUGAUGAGUCUGGCGGAGAAAUAAUUGAACGCAAUGGUAGGAAGAUGAAGCUCUUCUAUGGUAUGGCGAGUUCUACAGCCAUGGAAAAACAUCAGGGUGGAGUUGCUGAGUACAGGGCAUCAGAAGGCAAGACGGUUGAAAUAGAAUAUCGCGGUCCUGUCUUAGACACUGUAAAAGAUGUAUUGGGCGGCGUACGUUCGACGUGUACGUAUGUAGGGGCCAGCAAAUUGAAGGAAUUAUCUAAGCGUACAACUUUUAUAAGGGUAUCUCAACAACUUAAUGAAAUUAUACAUGGAGCAGUGAGCAAAUCGGCACUGUGUGGAGCUUGUCUAGCCAUUGUCAAUGAAGUUAAUCAUGAUAUUUCGCAAGCAAACCCUAAGGAAAAACUUCAAAUCGGAAGUUUUAGAAUUGACUCAAAAGGAAAUCAAAAUUUACAAGAAGUUUCCUUUGCCCGAUCGGAUGUUCAUUUAACUGAUGUAUUUGAAUCUGUAUGCAGUAAGCUAUCGGACUAUAAACCAAGCUCGAAAGAUGAUGAUACCGACACAUUUAUUCGUACAAAAACUUUUCUUGGAGAUGAGGUUCCUGCAGAAAGCUACACACAAUCAGAAGAGUCUAUGAAAAGCGCCUGUGAAUAUUUCUUAGAAGAGCACGAUGAAGAUGAUAUGAUAAAAUUAUUCAAAGAUCCCAAUAAGGAUGUUAUGGUUGAAUUUUGCGUAAAAGAAACAGGAACCUGUGAUUCUCAUGCUCCAACUAAAUUUGCUAUGGCAAAUGCCGUAGCUAUGCAGGAAGCUUUAACUGCUAAAGAGGAAAGAUUAAAAAGAGAAGAAGAAGAGAAAAAAAGACAGGAAGAGGAAGAAAAGUUGAGGGCAAGCGAGGAACCCGCUGAACAAGAAGGCGAUGAAGAAGCUGAUGAGGAAGGUGGUGAGGAAGGUGGAGAAGGCGAUGUUGAAGAACCACCUAUGGCAGUAGAUGAAACGAAUACCAUGUCAGAAGGUGAUUCUCCAUCGCAGGCUGAACCAAAAAUUGAACUUUGA